CCCAUCAUCUCACCGCCGUUCUCUUCUCUAUCGCUUUACACAUUCAAUUCUCUCCAAUCCAUAAACCUUCUUCAACCCUUAAACCUUCGCAAAUCUCCAAUCGUUAUCUGAAAACCGAAUUUUGGGGAAGAUCCAUACUAGCUAGGGUUUUUGUCAGGCGGGGGUUUCAAUGGCAAGUUCCACGACCAGCAGUGUCUAUAUCCAAGUCAUCGAGGAUGUUAUCAACAAAGUUCGGGAAGAAUUCAUCAACAAUGGUGGUCCUGGUGAAGGCGUCCUCAACGAGCUUCAAGGAUUAUGGGAGUUGAAAAUGAUGCAAGCUGGGGCUAUAGUGGGUCCGAUUGACAGAUCUUCUGUCGCCAAGUCGAUGGUCCCUGGGGCUGCGUCGAACACUGUUCAUGAUCUUAAUGUACCAUAUGAAGGGCCGGAUGAGUAUGAAACUCCCACCGCUGAUUUGCUUUUCCCUCCGACACCAUUACAGACUCCAAUGCAAACACCUCUGCCUGCUCAAACACCGUUACCGGGAACAGCUCCAACACCUUUACCAGGGACCGUGGACAAUUCAUACAAUAUACCUACUGGGGGUACUCCCAUUACCCCAAGUGAUUAUUCUUCUUUAAACGAGAAUGGAGCUUCAGAUGGAAAAGCUGGGAGGCCUAGCACUUACAUGCAACCACCAUCUCCUUGGUCAACCCAAAGGCCCCCUCUUGAUGUUAAUGUUGCUUAUGUGGAAGGCCGUGAAGAUGCUGACAGAGCAGCAGCCAAUCAACCAACAACUCAGGAUUUCUUUCUUUUAUCUGCUGGAAAGCGUAAACGGGAUGAUUUUCCUUCACAAUAUCGUCCGGGAGGAUAUAUUCCUCAGCAAGAUGGAGCUGCAGAUGUAAUAGCUGAUAAGUUUGAGCUUGGUCAAGGGAGCAGUUCCCAACCUGGAAUUAUCGUUGCUGAUAAGGGAAAGCCUGGUAUUGGACUUGCAUUGCCUUCUAGGAUUCCUCAACUGGAUGGGCCCAUUCCUGAUCCCUAUGAUGAUGCACUUUCUACACCAAAUAUAUACAACUAUCAAGGAGUUGUGAGUGAAGACUAUAACGUAGUGAACACACCCGCUCCACCAGAGCUACAAGCACCAACUCCUGCCCUGGUGACUCAAAAUGAUGUUUUAGAUGAUGAUGAAGAUGAGCCUUUGAACGAAAAUGAUGAUGACGAUGAUCUAGAUGAUGUAGACCAAGGCGAGGAACUAAACACACAGCAUCUGGUUCUGGCCCAGUUUGACAAGGUGACUCGAGCUAAGAGCAGGUGGAGGUGCACUCUGAAGGAUGGCAUUAUGCACAUAAACAACAAAGAUGUUUUGUUCAAUAAGGCCACUGGAGAGUUCGACUUCUGAUUAUGGCCGGAAAACUGAAAACUUGGCAGAGGUAUCAUCAGCAUGAUCAUGUAGAGAAGUGACUGGUCUCUUUUUAAGUGAAAAAAAAAACAUUUGAUGUUUAUGAGAAGGUGAAAGGGCUUACCAGAUGUAUAUAAACUUGGAGAGCUUUUUGUUUGGCCCUAGUAUUUAUGGGCUACCAUGAAAGAAAACUACAUGUCUUUCAUGGGGCAAGUAAUUACGUUUGUACCCUUUGGAUUUUGGUCAA